AUGGAUAACCAAAGAGAUGAUCCAAACUCGUCUUUAUCCCAGACUCGCAGCGCUAGCUCAUCCCUGCAUGACCAGAAUGACGACCGCAGGGUGACUACUCGUGGCGCAGGCCGUCGCCUACGUGCCCCAACAGCGUGUCAAGUUUGUAGGGCUCGCAAAGUCAAGUGUACCAAUGAGAGGCCGUCUUGCGUCGGGUGUGUUAGGCUCGGUUGUGAGUGUCGAUAUCCUGAGCCUGCUAAGUACAUGCAACCAAGUCCCAAGGAAGGCAACUCCAAUUCAGAAGUCAUAGAAACCCUGAAUGAGAUCUUGAAUCGCCUACCUCCUGCAACUGAGUCGCGACAUGAGAGAUGUACAGGUGACUCUGUAGCCUUCAAUGCUCUCUCAUUCGCGGCUGUAGACCAUGUUUUCGAAUGGCCGACAUUCGCUGCCGACAACUCACUUCACCCAACGCCCUUCAACCUAUUAUCGAUCUAUAAAGUCCAAGAGCUUCAUUCAGGUGCCAGCAGCACCGUCGGAGUGCCGGGCUUACAACCCGGGGAGGUUACUACGCUGUUGACGAGGUUUCUGAGAAUGGUUCACACCAUGAAUCCUAUAUUGGAUUGCACCACUCUAAUGAGCCAUGGGAGGAUUGUUGCUGAGCUAGGUCCGCAGUGGGAUUCCCGGACCUGUCUUGUGCUUAUCACCGCAGCUCUGGGAGCCUUGGCUCAGCCAUACACCUCCUUUCCGGACACAAAGGAGACGCUUUCCAAUUCGUCUUCUAUGGAAGAUGGGGCCCAGUAUCGUCAGCGGGCAGAGGCUUAUUACCAGUUCGCCCGAAGACGAUUUGGUAUACUAGGCAUGGGCCUCACAGCAUGCCAGUGUCACUACCUUUCAGGCAUUUACCUAUUGCACACUCUACGUCCGAUUGAAGCAUGGCAAGCUUUCUUCCAAGCCUCAUCUCUCUACGCUGUGUAUCUCAAAAACCAGGCGACGCUUCGUACAGUCAGGGAUACAGCCAUGCUUGGUGACCAGAUGAUGACUGAUGAGCAAUCUCUUCCCGAUGAUUUAGAGCAUGAUCUCCAACAACGGCUAUACUGGAGCUGUAUCCAGUCCGAAAGUGAAUUAUGCGCUGAAGUAAACCUACCGAGGUCGUCCCUUCAUGACAUCCACUACCCUUACCAGUUUCCUUCCCCGCCGACUCCAAGAAACGUGGACGGCUUAGAUGAAAGUCUGCAACAUGUUACGCCACCAUCAUCCAAUAACACUACGGCCACUAUAUCCUCAUCGACGACACCCGGCCAUUACAGUGAGACACAGGACUUCAAAGAACUUCACGAGUGGUCAUGGUACAACUAUUUGUCUGGAAUAUCGCUAUUCAAACUCUCAGGCCGCGUCAAUCAAACCUUUUACUCCAGGCCUCCCUCUUCAUGGGCAACCAUGAACCUGCUCGACAUGAUCAACACCGCAUACGAAUUCGAAAAGCAGAUCGAACAGUGGAAGCUGACACUGCCUCGGGCCAUCUCCUGCUUUCGCACCACACUGGAUAUUACCGCUGUGACCGAGCUCCAACUAGCUGCCUGGCUCCGGUCCGCCAACAUUCGACUUCGCAUCUACCGCCCAUUCCUCUAUCGCCUCACCUGCAAGAUAGCCGAGGACUGGCCUCUUAUUGACCCAAUGCGCCAUUUGGCGGGAAAAGCGGUCGAAUUAUGCCUCGAGCCGCUCUUCGACCUGGGAUUGAGACAUCGAAAUGCCGAGUCCUGGUUUAGGUGCCGCGAGUCCGCUUGUCGUGCUUUGCUUCUCAUCUGCGCUGGGAAAAACGGACUUCUACGCCGGAUGGGAUUGGAGCACCGCGCGAGCGAGACAUUGCAGCAGUGCAUUUCACACUUGCGCUAUUGGGAAAGAGAAGCAGAUGAUGUCAGGCUGGCUCGCCAAACCCUUGAGACGAUGAUAUAG